AGGCCUAAAGGGCAGAGCCUCCGUGUGAUUGGGGGAGGGAUGAGGCGGGGCUCUUAGGACCAGAAAGAUCCUCCCACACUGGGCUUACAGGUGCAGGAAGUGUGCUUUGAUAUCCCUCUCCAUUCCCUGCUGCAGAAAUUGCUCUGCCUUCCUUGUGAGUUCCGGUCUCUUCCCGUUUCCCCCGAGAUUUCAGCUCUCUCCCCUACUUCCCCGGGAGCUCGGAUCUCUCCCCUAUUUCCCCGUGAGCUCAGAUCUCUCCCCUAUUUCCCCGGGAGCUCGGAUCUCUCCCCCUUUUUCCCUGGGUUCACGCGACACUCAGGAAGCCAGGUCUGUGCUUGCAGCCCCCAGGGAGCCAGGAGCCAGAGGGAAUGGGCCCUGGGAGCCUCGGACCUCCUCCCCAGGUGAUGGUGACGUUCAAGGAUGUGGCUGUGGACUUCACUAAGGAGGAGUGGCGGCUCUUGGACCCCUCUCAGAAGAAGCUGUACAAGGAGGUCAUGGUGGAAAAUGCCCGGAACCUGCUCUCCCUGGGGCUUCCAGUUCUCAGAGAAGAGGUGACUUCUUAUUUUGAGCAAAGGGAAGCACUGUGGAUGCUGGACCAAGAAGGCCUGAGGAAAUGCUCUCCAGAAGCAGAGAUCAGACGUGGAAUGAAGGAAACUCCUGCAGAGCAAAGUCAUUCUGUGUUUGAAAUUCACAAGCAAAGACUCAUGGGUGAUGGUCCCUGUGACUUGACUUGUAGAGAAAUCUGUGCAUCACAUGAGAAAAUCCAGAUUAGAGAGAAAGAUUGUGAAGGUAAAAAAUGUAGAAAAGAUUUUAUAAAAAAGGAAACUCUCAUUGUACAUCAGAGAAUCCACAAAGGAAAGAAGUCUUAUGUAUGUAACCACUGUGGGAAAGCUUUUGUAAGAAGAGGAGUUCUUACUAUACACCAGAGAAUCCACACAGGAGAAAAACCUUAUGAAUGUAAUCAAUGUGGGAAAGCUUUUAUAAGAAAAGGAAUUCUUACUACACAUCAGAGAAUCCACACAGGAGAAAAACCUUAUGAAUGUAAUCAAUGUGGGAAGGCUUUUAGAGACAAGGGAGCUCUUACUGAUCAUCAGAGAAUCCACACUGGAGAGAAACCUUAUGAAUGUAACCAGUGUGGAAAGGCUUUUAGAAAAAGGGGAAUUCUUACUGUACAUCAGAGAACCCACACUGGAGAGAAACCUUAUGAAUGUAAUCAAUGUGGGAAGGCUUUUACAAAUAGAGGAUUUCUUACUUUACAUCAGAGAACCCACACUGGAGAGAAACCUUAUGAAUGUAACCAGUGUGGAAGGGCUUUUAUAUAUAAGCAACGUCUUAUUGAUCAUCAGAGAACCCACACUGGAGAGAAACCUUAUGAAUGUAAUCAAUGUGGAAAGACUUUUACAAAAAAGGGAGCUCUUACUGAACAUCGCAAAAUCCACACUGGAGAGAAACCUUUUGAAUGUAACCAAUGUGGAAAGACUUUUUCAUGGAAGAAUAAUUUUAUUAAACAUCAUAAAAUCCACAGUGGAGAGAAACCUUAUGAAUGUAACCAAUGUAGAAAGACUUAUACACAAAAGGGAGCUCUUAUUGUACAUCAGAGAAGCCACACUGGAGAGAAACCUUAUGAAUGUAACCAAUGUGGAAAGACUUUUACAAAAAAGGGAACUAUUCCUAUACAUCAGAGAAUCCACACUGGAGAGAAACCUUAUGAAUGUAAGCAAUGUGGAAAGACUUUUACAUGGAAGAAUAGUUUUAUUCAACAUCAGAGAAUGCACACUGGAGAGAAACCUUAUGAAUGUAACCAGUGUAAAAAGACUUUUACACAAAAGGGAGCUCUUACUGUACAUCAGAGAAUCCACACUGGAGAGAAACCUUAUGAAUGUAACCAAUGUGGAAAGACUUUUGCAUGGAAGAAUAAUUUUAUUAAACAUCAGAGAAUCCACACUGGAAAGAAACUUUAUUAAUAAACAGUGUGGAAAGGCUUUUACCAAAAGGGAAACUCUUAAUGUACAUCAGAGAAUCCACACAGGGGAGAAACCUUACUUAGACAAAUUUCUUAUAAUAAAUAUACCUAGUUGAAAAAGAUAAAUCCCUCAAUGGUUAUAUUAUAGGUAGAUAUAUAUAUAUAUAUGCAAGCAUAAAGCUCGAGCUCUCUCUCUGCAUCUGACACUUUCUUUCUUUCCUUUCCCUUUCUUAUUCUCUCUAGCUCUGGUUCUGUCUCUCUCUCUCUCUCACGGUCUCUUUUUCUGUCUCUGUCACUUUGUCUCUCCCCUUCCUCCCUCCCUCUCUUCCCCUCUCCAUCUGGCACUUCCUUAAUCGCCCUUCUCUUUCUUGUUCACUCUCUGGCUCUGGUUCUGUCUCUCUCUGCCUUUUUUCAUGCUAUUUCUUUUAAUCAUUUAUUUUCCUUCUUUCUCUUUCAGUCUCUGUCUUCCCCUCUCUCACUGUUUUUGUCUGUCUCUGUUUUUUUCAUUCUCUCUUUUUUAUGUUUUUAUAUAUUUCAAAACAUGCAAAGUGCCUUUUCAUUAUUCACCCUUGCAAAACUUUGUGUUCCAGAUUUUUCUCUCUCUCUCCUCUCCUCCUGCUCCCCCAGAGAGUAAGUAAUCCAAUACAGGUUCAAUUCUUGUAAAUAUCUUUCCACAUAUAUGAUUCUGCACAAGAAAAGUCAGAUCAAAAAAGGGAAAAAACCAAGAGAACGAAAAAAACAAGCAAGGAAACAUCACUACCAACAAAGGUGGAAAUGCUAUGUUGCGAUCUACAUUCAGUCUCCAUCAUGCUCUUUCUGGCUGCCAAACCUCAAAUUUAAAAAUCAAAAAAACAAAGCCACAGGAUUCUCAAUUCUGGAGAUCUUCGAUCUGUGCUAAAAAAUCAAAAACUGAAUGAUCUUCUCCCUCUGGUGGCAACAAUCUGUAAGAGCAGAGAGGAAAUUUCCAAAACCUACAUUUAAUUCAUUCACACUUGGAGAAGUUAAUUAAAUUGUCUCUCUGCAUCUGUAUUUCUCUUUGUCUCUCUGACUCACUCUGCUUUUUCUUUUUCUCUUUCUGUUUUUCACUCUCUGGCCCUCUCUGGCUUAAUCUCUCUCUCUCUGACUCUGUUUUUCUGAAUCUCUGUUUCUCACUCUGUGUGUGUGUGUCUUUCUCUCUGAAAUAUACCAUAUACCAAGUAAUAUCGAUGUUCCAAAAUGACAGCUGGGAAUGAUUGUGCUGUCCCGGCUGUACUCAGCAGGACAAUCAUCUCUGGCUACUCUGGAGGACUUAUGAUGAAAACUCCUGUCCAUAUCCAGAAAAGGAAAUGAUUUUGUCUGGAUGUAGACUGAACCUGACUUUUUCUUGAGGAUUUUUAUUUUCAUUAGGGUGGGAGAUCUGGUUCCCCCCCCCCCACACACACACACACAUGCGCACACACACACACACACACACAUGCGCGCACACACACACACAACCUUUCAUGAAACUAUUUUGCAGAAGUUCACAAGUGGUUUAUGAAUGGUAGGUGGGGAUGAGGGAGAGAACCUAGAACUCCAAAAUUUUAGGGAAAAAAUGUGAAAAACAAUGUUUGGUUUGAAUGUACCUGGGGAAAAUAUUGAAUAAAUAAAAUUUCUAAAUGCUCAAAAA